AAUAGUGCAAAUGACCCAAUGGAUCAGUAUUGGGUCCAAGCCCAAAUGGAAGGCCCAAUUUUGAACCCAUAAAUUCUCCAGAAACCCUAGUUCUACAUUUUAUCCUCUUCUUCCUUCAAUUCUCUGUGCAGCGGAACUCUUCAGCUUCAAAUUCUGGGCGCACCAAGUGGUGAAAAAUGCAGAUCUUUGUGAAGACCCUAACGGGCAAGACUAUUACCUUAGAGGUAGAGUCAUCGGAUACCAUUGACAAUGUUAAGGCUAAGAUUCAGGACAAGGAAGGCAUUCCACCAGACCAGCAGAGGUUGAUUUUCGCGGGAAAGCAGCUUGAGGAUGGCCGAACGCUAGCUGACUACAACAUCCAGAAGGAAUCCACCCUCCACCUUGUCCUUCGUCUCCGUGGUGGUGCCAAGAAGCGUAAGAAGAAGACUUACACUAAGCCUAAGAAGAUCAAGCACAAGAAGAAGAAGGUUAAGCUCGCUGUGCUCCAGUUUUACAAGGUUGAUGAUUCUGGCAAGGUUCAGAGGCUCCGUAAGGAGUGCCCCAACGCUGAGUGUGGCGCUGGAACCUUCAUGGCUAACCAUUUUGAUAGGCACUAUUGUGGUAAAUGUGGCCUUACCUAUGUUUACCAGAAAGCUGGUGGUGAUUAGAUUUGCCUAUUACUUUGUGGUUGUGUUGCUUUUUCGCCAACAAUCUAGUUUUUUCCCCACAUUCGUCCUAUAGGUCUUCUUUGUGACAGAGAUGUAAUGAAUUUGAAUUAUGGGUUCAUAUUUGCAGCCUUAUCAAAUUAUGGAUUUUGUCCGUUAAAAGUAUUUUUUUUCCUUUUGUUUGAA